UCAAUUUAUUGAUACAAUACAAUAUACGACGACAACAGCAACAACAACAACAACAACACAGAUGUUCCCUUGUUGUUGGAACGGUUGUCAAGAAAGUUUUACCAGUGCCAAUGCAUUGCGUAAGCAUUUGGAUUUACAUGUAAAUGAAUUGGAACAACAAUUCACAAUGACAGCUGUGAUGUUGGUACGUGAAGCGGCCAUGCGUGGCAAUAAUAAUAGUACUAAUAAUAACAAUUCAAAUGCAAAUGAUAAUUCCACGACAACCAAUUCAUCAGCAACAAAUUCCAAUUCCAAUCAGCAAUUAAAUAAUAAUAGUAACAAUAAUAUUGAUCAUCAUCAAUCGACAAUGUCGAAUCAUCAUAUGAUCGAUAGCUCCGGUGGUGGUGCUAGUGGAACGGAUGAUCAUGGCCAUCAAGUUAUCGGUGUAGAUGAUGAUGAGGAAGAGGAAGAUGAUGAUGAGGAAGAUGAUGAAGAAGAUGUAUACGAUGGUCUUACUACCGGUGGGAUCACACAACAACAACAUUCGCAUGCAACAAGUUUAUUGAUUACAUCACAGCAUGAUGGUGUCGGUGGUAUGGUUGGUGAUAAUCAUAUGAAUGAUGAAGAUGAUGAAGAUGAUGAUGGUGAUGAUCAAUCAUUAGUUGAUCCAACACAAUUACUAGAUAAUCAUUGUAUGACAAAUACAACGAAUAAUAAUAAGAUCUCAAAUAAUCAUCUUAUAUCAAACGGUUCACAGCAAAUAUCUGUUAGUAUCAGCAGUAAUGGUGGAAGUCGUAAACGAACAAAUAACAUCAUUGAUCCAUCCAAAAAAAUGAUUAAUUCAUCAUCACCUCAAUCAUCAACGAAUUUAAUGUUGAUCAAUUCCUCAUCAUCGAAUAAUCAUCAUCCUCAUCAUAAUCUACAUCAUCCAUCACAAUUAUCCGUAACUGUUUCUGGUAGUGGUGGAACCAUAUCGAAUAAACGUAUGAAAAUUAUUAAUGCCCAACAACAAUCGACAAAUAUGAUGAUGCAACAACCUCAGACACCAGCACGAUCGAAUCGUAGACAACAACAGCAACAUCAUCCAAAUCAAUUACCAUGUCAAACGGUCGAGAUUGUUCCAGCCAAUGCAAAAUCAGCGAAAACGAAUAACAACAACAACAAUAAUAAUAUAACGAUCGUAUAUCCAAGUAUAUCACCACGUAAUUAUGUAUGUCCGGUGCCAUCGUGCAAUGCUGCAUAUACGAAAUCCAGUCAUCUAACAGCACAUAUGCGACGACAUACAGGCGAAAAGCCAUAUGCAUGUGAUUGGCCUGAUUGUGGUUGGCGUUUUAGCCGUUCGGAUGAAUUAUCACGUCAUAAACGAUCACAUACUGGUGAAAAAACACAUCUCUGUCCAUUCUGUUCAAAAGGUUUUUCAAGAUCUGAUCAUCUAAGUAAACAUUUACGAGUUCAUCGACAAGAAUUACCCGAUAAUUUUGAUGUUCGUCAUAUAAUAAAAACAUCGCGAAUGUCUGGUACACAGCAACAAGCUUCACCAUUACAACCACAGGUCACAAUGACCGUUAAACAUGGUACUGGAUCAUCAACAUCAAGUGAUAAUAAUAAUAAUAAUUCCAAUUUACUUAUUGAUACUAAUAAUCAUCAUCAAAUAUCACAUUCUUCACAGAUUCAUUUACUACAGCCAAAGGUGACGAUUAAAUUGGAGAAUGAGAAUGAUUAAUGCCCACAUGGAUUACGAUAAUUGGAUAUUUUACCAUCGUUACGCACAUUGAAUCGUUCCCGCAUCCAAAACUUUAUCAUCAUAUCAUCGACAAAACGAAUGUUUCGAACCAAAAUGAUGUCGUAUUCUUUUUCGAUUUUUCUCUACUCAUUUUGAUCAUCAUUAUAUUCACACAUCAUCAUCAUAUAAUCAUCUCUUAUCAUUUUUCUCACACACACACACACACAUGCUUAUAUUUUUUUUUCUCAUUCAAAAGUUCCAGAUGUGGUUCGAUUAUAUUAUUAAUGCUACAGACUUUUUAAACCUCCUGAUUAUUACAUGCAUCUGCAAAUAUACAUACACACACACACCAACUCUCGUAUAUAACAUUCCAUUUCUUGGAUUUUUUUUAUAUUGAUCAAAUGAUGAUGAUGAAAAAAAAAUUCCCAUAUCCGUCGACAUUGCUUGAUUUUUUUAUGUAAAUUUUAUGAUAUUUUUUUUUUGAUUGGUAAAAAAAAUCACCCCGAAUCCGUCAUAUUAAUAACCAAUACACAGCACAAUGUUUAUUUUUUC